AUGUUCAGCAACCCUCUUAUUCUUACUUUUCUCGCCAUUUCAUGGCUUUCAGGAAACGCGUCAGCAGGAUGCUUCGGGCCGCACGGUCCUCGCAAAUGCAGCUUGUAUCGGGCUGAUUCCCGUGAUCCUCGCACCAUCGAACUUGCCAACGGCUUCAUGACGACGGGUCUCGAGAAGGUAGACGAACCGGCUGUAGUUUGGGGCCGUUCAAAGAGCGCGGUCGUUGCCACUUACCGGGAUUACAUCAAAGACAAGCCCUUCUAUCUCUAUUAUAUUGACACUGGCAAAGGCCGCAUUGCGAGUCAAUGGAUUGAAUACCAGGAACGGGUUCAGAAUAUCAAGCAGAACCAAUGUGGUGUUCCAACAAAAUCACUUGACAUGAACUUGCUACGGGCGCAAACGAUGACGAUGGAGACCCAGAAGGUCGAUUGUCACAAGGAAUUGAUGAAAAAUGCUGCGAAGCUGGUUCCAAUUACCUGGGAUAGCAUUAUGGGCUAUGAGACUGUUAAGCCCAACGAGCAGCCAUCCGAGUGGCAUGAGAACCCGGAAUGGAGAAAAAAUAGAGACAAGAUAUGGUUUUAA